UGUACGCUCUCGCGGUGACGUCAUUACGGCUCGUCUGAAGACGAAUGUCUGCUGCUGUUAUAUUGUUGACGUUUUUAGUUUUAACAUUUAAUUGACUUCAAAUCAUCCGAUAUUUUCAUUUACCGGUCGCUCCUCGAGCAAUACCUCUGCAAAAAUGAAAUGGAUGUUUAAAGAGGACCAUUCUCUGGAGCACAGGUGUGUGGAGUCGGCCAAAAUCCGCAACAAGUACCCAGACAGAGUUCCUGUUAUUGUAGAGAAAGUAUCUGGUUCACAGAUUGUGGACAUUGACAAGCGAAAGUAUCUGGUCCCAUCUGACAUUACAGUGGCCCAGUUCAUGUGGAUCAUCAGAAAGCGGAUCCAACUGCCUUCUGAAAAAGCCAUAUUCCUUUUUGUUGACAAAACUGUCCCUCAGUCCAGUCUGACUAUGGGGCAGCUCUACGAAAAAGAAAAAGACGAGGACGGCUUUUUGUACGUGGCCUACAGUGGAGAAAACACGUUUGGAUAUUAGGAUCCCUGCAUCGUCCCAGGCUGUGCAACACAUCACUCCCGUUUCUUUUGGACUCACUCGGUUGGGAACAGGAUCGACUCAUCUGUGAAUUAAUCACAUAGCAGAUGUGUUUGUACCUCUCUUGUCACCCGUCAUUGUGCUCUGAAACAUUAGAUCGACUACAUUA